GGUUACAUUUGUAAUUGUGAUUCGCUAAUAGACUGGCAGAUGAAAUUAGUUGGGUUCUAAUCGCUGAAAGAGUGGACACCUGGUCGCUGAAAAUAAACCUUCUGUGGAAAAUUCUCAGUUUAAACAAAAAAAGAAAAGAAAAUGACAAGCCAAAUCUGCAUUGUGUUAAAUUACAGUGAAAGAAAAUACGUCAGUAGAACGGAAACACGUGUUUCCAACAGCCGUGAUCUAAAGAUUGGUUGUAACAAUAAGCCAGCAUACACAUGAUCUUGGGUCAAAUAGGAAAUUUCUUGGCAUACAAUGUGGCCCCUGCUGUGGUGGUUGCACCCCUAGGAGCCCUAGGUGUUCUGUUUGGGGCUCUGUUGGCUUCUCAUAUUCUCCAGGAGCAUCUGAAUAUCUUGGGGAAGCUUGGUUGUAUGCUGUGCUGUACAGGUUCAGUUAUGCUUGUCAUUCACGCUCCAAAGUCUGAAAAUGUGACCACAAGAGCUGAACUGGAGGACAGGCUAGGAGAUCCAGUGCUUUUGGCCUACAUCUCUGUGGUUGUGCUGCUGUUGAUUGUGCUGAUCGUGUGGCUGGCCCCAGUCUACGGGUCGUCAAACAUCAUGGUGUAUGUGGCCAUCUGCUCGCUGCUGGGAAGUUUCACCGUGCCCAGCAGUAAGGGGCUGGGCAUGGUAGCCCCUGAGGCCUUCGCUGGAGGUCCUGACAAUGCGGGAGCUCUCUGUCUCUUCCUGGGCCUCUUGGGAACGCUGGCCGUCAGCAUCCUCAUUCAGUUCACAUUCAUCAACAAAGCCCUGGAGAGCUUCAGCUCCAACAUAUUUGAGGCCAUUUACUACGUGACUUUCUCCUCCACUGUCAUCCUGUCCUCGGCCGUCGUCUUGAGGGAGUGGAGAGGCGUGGGCUUGGUGGACUGCCUGGGCGUGCUCUGCGGCCUCGCCACCGUGUCGGCAGGCGUUUUCUUGCUUCGUGUCUCCCAAGAGGCCUCUCUCACCUGGAAGCAGGUUAAAGUGCCGGCAAAAGAGGACUAACUUGUUUUCAGAAUUUCUCCGGAAGCCACUGAGGAGGACUAUAAACUAUUAAUUCGUUAAUUUACCUGUCUCAAUUUCAAUAAUGUUUGCUUAUUAAAUUAAUAGGUAUAAUAUAUGUAAAUAUGUGAUGAGUAUGGAGUGAAAUUAAAAAAUUAAUUAAAAAUAUCAAGAUUAUUAAAAUAUUAAACUAUGACACAACUGCAAGUGUAAAUGGAGAAAUAAGAGUACAAUUUCUUACUUCCUUCACAUCAUCAUGUUCUUUGUGUAUGUCAUGCUUUGAUGACGUAUGUGCUUAUUCCUUAUUCUGUGUAUAUUGCAUCCUAGUUUAUGUCCAUGAAAGCUGACAAAAGUUAGGUGUCCAGAAGUUAGUUGUUUAGCUUUUACACAUCCAACCAAAACAGGCAUAUACAUCCAACAACACACGUGUUUCUUUGGCUGAAUGUGGCAGAACUACAUUUUACAGCAAGAAAAUCUUGUUCUCCUGCAAUUUGAAGGAAAGUGUCAUAUACCAAGAAGGCCAAUAGAUAAAGAUGUUCUUUCAUGCUGAAGCCUGAAUCGCUUGUCAUGCUCCAGUUAAUGCUGCUAGUUCACUUUGUAGAAUUCUUCAGCUAUAGUUUAGAUUGAAUAGUGAGGACGAGGAAAUAAGUAAAGAAUAUGUGAAUAAUAAUAAUAUAUGUAAUUGAAAAUUGAAAGCCAGGCAAACAAUAUUCCGCUGGCUGAUACAAAAAUAUUGUAAUCCUUUUCUAUUACACUGUCAGGUUUGAGCAAAAAAUGAAAAAACACCUGGAUCAGGUGUCUGUACAAUCUUCGUAAUUUGCCUGGCAAAACAUGCCUUCAGUGGGUAGCACAGUCAAUUAAGGUGUGAGCACAGCCUAUAUGGUGAGUGGUCUACAGCCUAUAUCACGUGCCUGGGAUGGGUGGGUCUCUAUUGGACAGCUAAGGAACACUGGCAACUGAGCAGCUCAUCAUAUGCCCACAGGUUGCUUCUCAUGCAGACUGCGCAAACUCCUAUAGUACACAAUGUGGCUUGUUGUACAUUCACUCAUUGGCUCUCGUGUCAAGAGAAGUGCACGUGCUUCAGCUGAGCUGUUUUUGUGCUGUGCAGCUAAAGCACGUGCAGAUGUCACCUGAGAGCCAAUGAAAAGCCCCACCCGAACAAAACGCACAAAGACACAACCUUGCCCAAAUCUCAGGGUAUUUGUGGGAUUGUGAAUAAAAUGUACAACAGUGUUUUAGUGUAAUUAUUAUUGUACUUCCAAUGUUAUUUUUUCUAUAAAUAAAAAUAAAUCCUAUACUAAAAUGGUAAGCAGAUCUUCCAGGACAUUUGUUAGUUGUAAGUCAGUGUGGGCAUUUUAAGGCAGAAGUUUACAAAUUGUAUGCCAUGGUGGACUUAAAGCACAAGUAAAUAUACAAAUGAACCUGAGACAUCAUUUAUGUUAUUAAUUCACAUAAAGGUCUGUGGCAAAGCAUGGCUAUUACAUUUAACACAGAAAAAACAUGUCAUUGUAGUGCGUUAUAGAGGAGGCAUGUUAUAAGAAUGUCAUUGAUAAGAAAUUAUGGCACUGGCUGUACUAUAACACUGGUUUAUUAUCUGAAAUUUAAAUAAAUAAAAUUCAGGUAAUGGAGUACUGAA